AUGGUGCGAAAACUUAAGUUUCAUGAGCAGAAACUGCUCAAAAAGGUUGAUUUCUUCAACUGGAAAGAGACCAACAAUCUCAAUGAGAUGAAAAUAAUGCGCAGAUAUAAUGUACAAAAACGAGAAGACUACACUACAUAUAACAAACUGUCACGAAACAUCCGGGAGUUGGCAAAUAAAAUCGCCGAAGUAGACGCCAAACACCCCUUCCGAACGGAGAUGAGCGGAUUGCUGUUGGAAAAGCUGUACGUUUUGGGACUCAUUCCGACCAAGUGGGAUCUGGAAAAUGCGAGCAAAAUCAGUGCGUCGUCUUUCUGUCGGCGGCGGCUUCCGGUGGUGCUGCUGCGGAACAAAAUGUCCGAAAACCUCAAACACGCCACCCAGAUGAUCGAGCAUGGUCACGUACGGGUUGGGACCGAUGUGGUCAAGGAUCCCGCCUUUUUGGUGCCGCGAACGCUGGAGGACUUUGUUACGUGGGUGGACGGAUCGGCAAUCAGGAAGCAUGUGUUGGAGUACAACGAUAUGAGGGACGACUUUGAGAUGUAAUAAAGGGAUGGUUUAGAGUAAGA